CCCAGAUUAUCUCUGCCUGCUUGGGUCAGAUUAGUAUCACCAGCUCUACUUCAUGGAGUCCCCUCAGAGCAGCUCUGCUCUGGAUCGACUUAUUUUUAACAACACUGUGCUGAGAAGGCUCCCAGUAGAUGUCUCAGACCAGCAAGGCUCCAGGACUGUCCCAGGAGCAUGUUACUCCCGGAUCGCCUCCCUUCAGCCCCUCCUGCGGCCCAGAUUGGUGGCUCUGUCUCAGCCGGCUUUGUCUCUGCUGGGCCUGAAUGUGCAAGACGUCCUGGAUGACCCUCUGGCCCCGGAGUAUUUGAGCGGCUCCAGGCUGCUGCUGGGCUCCCAGGCGGCUGCACACUGCUACUGCGGGCACCAGUUUGGGUUCUUCGCGGGUCAGCUGGGCGAUGGGGCGGUCAUGUACCUAGGGGAGGUGGAGUCGGAUACCUGCGGACGGUGGGAGAUACAAGUGAAAGGUGCAGGGGUCACACCUUACUCCAGAGAAGGUGAUGGCAGAAAGGUGCUUCGCUCCAGCAUCAGAGAGUUCCUCUGCAGUGAAGCCAUGGCUGCCCUUGGGAUCCCCACCACCCGAGCUGCCUCACUUGUCACCUCUGACCUUUACGUCAGUAGAGAUCCUUUAAACAAUGGUCAACGGAUUGAGGAGCGCUGCCCAGUGGUCAUGCGUCUCGCUCCUACUUUCAUAAGGUUUUGUAACUUCUCUGUGGACAUGACGCUCCUUGAGACGGAUCAAGAUGAGCUGAGAGAAAAACAGCGGGACGACUGGAGCCGCUGGAUCUGCAGGUACAGGAGGCGUUUAGCCCGAGAGUCUGACUGCACAAGUGACAAGCACCUUGUUAAACAAGAAAGGCUCAGAGUGAUGAGCAGCAGCAAUCCUCGGGUGGUGCUUCGCAACUAUAUUGCACAGAACGCCAUUCAAGCUGCAGAAAAAGGAGACUUCUCUGAGGUCAACAGAGUUCUGAAAAUUUUGGAGAAGCCGUACCUGGAUCCUGAACCUUUGUCUGGACAAGAUGCAGCAUGUGGUGAACAGGAGGAUCAGGAGAGGUGGUUUCCUGAUAAAUACGACGCUAAGCCUCCAGCCUGGGCUUCAAAGAUUUGCAUCACUUGAUCCACAUAGAGCCUCCCCAGACUGAAGGAGAGUCUGUUUUCACUGCUGGACUACAUUUCCCAUAACUAAUCUCUAAAUCUUAAACAUAACAUAGAUGUGAGGGAAAGGUUUGUACCAGUCAUA